AUGAUCAUUGCGGUGGCCCUUGUGGCCUUAAUUCCGCUCUUACCAUAUGCGGUCACGCAAGAAUCCACCACUGAAUUGUUCAAGGAGGAAGUUGUACCAACUAAUGAAAUGGUAGCAGUUAAUCUUCCUACACUUCCUCCUACGACAACGGAAGAACCAAGAAAAUAUCCGGGUACAUAUUUGGUGGUCGCACCGGCAGUUGUACGGCCAGGUCUACCGUAUGCUGUCUCGUUCAAUAUUCUAAAAAGUCCUGAAGAAGAUCAUAUUGUACGAGUUCAAAUACGAACGGAUCAAAAUGAUACCGUAGCCACGAGGGUUGUGAAAAAUGUUCGGCAAGGGGUACCACAAACCGUCACUAUUGAUACAAUAGCUGCCGAUUUAUCACCGAAUAUGAACUAUAAGGUGUAUGUACGGGGCGAAACCUUAAAUUCCAAUGUUUUAUUUGAAGAAGAAAAGUCCGUACAGUAUAACCAGAAGAGUCUAUCAAUAUUUGUACAAACUGAUAAAGCUAUUUAUAAGCCAGGAUCAGUAGUGAAAUAUCGUGUGAUUGUGGUUUCACCGUCAUUAACACCCUACAAGGACACGGUUACGGUGAAAAUCUACGAUCCUAACCAGAAUGUGAUCAGUCAAUAUGUCGAUAAGGCACUCACAAAAGGCGUAUUUUCAUCGGAGCUAGAAUUGGCAUCGGAGCCACCGCUUGGUGAAUGGCAAAUUCAAGUAGAAACAGCCAAUAAACUAAAAUACACAAAAUCAUUUUCUGUCGAAAAGUAUGUGCUGCCAAAAUUCGAAGUGAAUAUCAAAACUCCUUCGUUCAUCACAGUAAAUGACGAUCUUUCGUUACUAGUUGAUGCAAAGUAUACCUAUGGCAAAGGAGUUGCCGGUAAGGCGAAGGUCACUUUGGAAUUGCCAUGGCAUCGAUGGCAUCCAAUUCCGAAACCGAUUAUCGUGAACGAUGAUGGAACCACUUCUCAGGUCGAGGAAGAGUCGCAGAUCGAACGAACGGUGAAACUGAACAACAUGGGUGAAGCGACUGUUGUAUUUACAAAUGAGGAGAUGAAAAAACAUAAAUUGGUUCAGGACUACGGAGGUGGAAGCAUUCGAAUUAUCGCUACCGUGACCGAAGAUCUUACUGAUAUACAACGAAAUGGAACGCAACAUAUCUCUACAUAUCGCUAUGAUGUGAAAUUGGAUGUGGAGAAACAGGGUGACACCUUCAAACCUGGUCUUACCUACAACGUUGUAGUCGCUCUGAAACAGAUGGAUGACACACCUGUGAAGGCUACCGUACCCAGACGUGUGCAGGUCACCACGUUCUACAAUUAUCCGUUCAAUCCGGAUUCACCAACACAGCAUGAAGAUAAAGAAGUGAAAAUUGUGGAUUUGGAUGCUCAUGGAACUACCGUACUCGCUUUACAGCCUCCUCUUAAUUGUACCAGUGCCAGGAUUGAGGCUCACUACGACCGUAGUGGGAAGGACAACUUUACCAAUGCCGUUAUCUACAGUAGUCUGUAUGUGGAAGCAGGCAAGUCACCGUCGAAUUCAUUCCUUCAAUUAAUCGCCGACAACGAAGGAGCCGUCGAUGUUGGCAAAACGUUGUCAUUCUCAGUCAAGGCAACCGAACAGAUACCUGUGCUUACCUACCAGGUAAUGUCUCGAGGAGCUGUUGUUCUGUCAAAAGAAAUCCCGGUGAACUCUGAUCAUACUACCAUCUCCUUCACAGCCACAAAUGAUAUGGCACCAAAAUCCAGACUGAUCGCAUACGCUGUCCGAUCAGGAAAUCAAGAAAUACUAGUGGAUGCCACAGAUUUCAAAGUCGACGGGCUGUUCAGAAAUAAUGUAACACUUACUAUCGACAAGUCAUCUGUUGAACCCGGUGAAUCAGUGUCGUUCAAAGUCUCCGCUGAUCCGGAAUCUUACGUUGGCCUCCUAGUCUUGGAUCAGUCAGUGCUACUUCAAAAGUCUGGGAACGACAUCACACCUCAACUGAUUGAAUCGGACAUUGAAGAAUAUGACACCACUGGCUUCCAAGGUGGCAGUGGUUUCCGACCAUGGGAAGGAGCAAUCGAAAGGAAAAGGCGAAAGAGAUCCAUAUGGAAUCCAUGGUGGGGUGUUGGUGGGAAGGAUGCAGCCAGUAUUUUUGAGAAUGCCGGCUUGGUUGUAUUGACAGACGCGUAUCUAUAUCGCCAACCAGAUCCGCCAAGUGCGUUGGUAUUACGGUAA